AGAAAAGUUGGUGGUAUUUAAAUGGAAAAGCGUGGUUGGUUACUGGUAGCUGUUAUUUCUUUUUCUAAUGGCACACCUCUCACUCCUACCUCUCUGGUGGCUCUGAUAGAAUAAAAUACAAAGUUCGAUCUGCUGAUUUUCUUUGAGAAAUCAAUUUUCAGAGAGGAUUUCUCAACUUUGGGAUUUCAUUUAUUGCAUCAAUCUCCAUGUUUUGAGCUUCAAAUCAAAGGUAUUGAGCAUCACUCACCAUCAUGUCUUGUCUUUGUAUGAAACCGUGUAAAGGGUCCGUUUUUAAUAGAUCAUCACUAGUGCACUGCUUCUGGGUUAUUUUUGGUUUGGCUUAGAAUAAGCUUUUCGUUUAAAGAAUUCAACUUUUUACCACGAGGAAUAUUUUUCUGUUUUGGAUAUUACUGCUGAAGGUUGUAUCCGUCUUUCAAAAGCCUGGGAAACUGGGUUUCUUCUAGUUAUAGGAAAGGAAAGUGAUUUUAUAUAGGGAAAUUUUGGGCAAUCAGUUUGUCAAUCAUGGGGAUAUAGAGAUACUUGUGUGGGAUAGGAGUUCCCAGAACUAGGACCCAAAACAAGAGCUUCAGAUUCGCUUCUGAUCAUGGAGAAAAGUCCAUAAUUUGUGGUUCUGAAAUAAGCCAAGGUUUUCAAACAACAUAAAGGAGAGUUGUUGAUAACUCCGUGAGAUACUGCAUUCGAUCAUGGAAAAACAGCAGAGUUUUCAUGCUGUAACGACAGAAAAACAGUCAUCUUCUCAAGGAUGCAUGGAGAAGCAGCAAAGUUUUAAACAGUCUACCGCUCGAGGAGUGGUGGAAAAGCAAUUAAGUUUUCGUGGUGUUACAAAUGACAGACAGCCCAGUGGUCAUGGAUUGAUGGUAAAACAGAAGAGUUUUCGGGGCGUUAUGGAGAAGCAGAAGAGCUUUCGUGUGGUAAUGGAGAGGCAGCUGAGCUUCAUUGGCGCAGGUGAACGCAGGAAGAAUAGGGAGUCUCCAGGAAAAAGGGGUGAUUCGCCUCUUCAUUUGGCAGCAAGAACAGGGAAUUUAUCUAGAGUUAGGGAGAUUCUUCAGAACUCUGAUGGUCCUAAUGCCAAGGAAUUUUUGGCCAAACAAAACCUAGAAGGGGAAACUCCCCUUUAUGUUGCAGCAGAGAAUGGUCAAGCUGUUAUUGUUGCAGAGAUGUUGAAACAUAUGGAUCUUGAGACUGCAUCCAUCACUGCCCGGAACGGCUAUGAUCCAUUCCAUGUCGCAGCCAAGCAGGGUCAUGUUGAAGUGCUAGAGGAACUUUUGGGUACCUUCCCGAACUCGGCCAUGACUACAGAUUUAUCUUGUACAACUGCCCUACACACAGCCGCUGCAAAAGGGCACAUUGAUGUAGUCAAUCUUCUUCUAGAAACUGACUCAGACCUUGCUAAGAUAGCAAGGAACAAUGGUAAAACUGUCCUCCAUUCAGCAGCAAGGAAUGGGCACUUGGAAGUAGUGAAAUCCUUGCUUAGCAAGGAUCCUAGUACUGGUUUUAGGGUAGACAGAAAGGGCCAAACUGCACUACAUAUGGCUGUGAAAGGUCAAAAUGAGGAGAUAGUGCUGGAAUUGUUGAAACCUGAUCCCUCAGUUUUGGGUUUGGAAGAUAAUAGAGGAAAUACUGCAUUGCAUAUCGCAAUAAAGAAGGGCCAUACUGAGAUUGUACGUUGUUUGUUAUCAGUUGAGCGUAUAAACAUCAACGCGACAAACAAGGCAGGGGAAAGCCCACUUGACCUUGCAGAAAAAAUGGGAACCCCUGAACUUGUCUCGAUCUUAAAGGAAGCAGGAGCAACCAAUUCUAAGGACCAUGGAAAGCCCCCAAAUGCAGCAAAACAACUAAAGCAAACUGUCAGUGACAUAAAACAUGAUGUCCAGUCCCAGCUCCAACAAACUCGUCAGACUGGUUUCAGGGUGCAAAAGAUUGCAAAGAGACUAAAGAAACUCCACAUUAGCGGCCUAAACAAUGCUAUAAACUCCGCAACUGUCGUUGCUGUUCUCAUUGCGACUGUUGCUUUCGCUGCCAUCUUUACUGUUCCCGGACAGUAUGUUGAGGAUAUGAAAGAGGGGGUUUCACUUGGACAAGCUCAUAUAGCUAACAAGACACCAUUUAUUGUCUUCUUUGUCUUUGACAGCCUCGCAUUGUUCAUCUCCUUGGCUGUUGUCGUUGUCCAGACAUCGGUGGUUGUCAUUGAACAGAAGGCAAAGAAGCAACUUGUGUUUGUAAUUAACAAGCUCAUGUGGCUGGCGUGCCUUUUCAUUUCAGUUGCAUUUAUUUCUCUGACAUAUGUGGUGGUGGGGAAACAGUCUAGAUGGCUUGCUGUGUGUGCGACUGUAAUUGGCAGCUCAAUCAUGCUUACUACAAUUGGCUCGAUGUGUUAUUUUGUCAUUUUACAUAGAAUGGAGGAGUCAAAGUUGAGGAGUAUAAGGAAGGCUGAGAGUCGUUCCCGUUCUUUCUCCAUGUCUAUGGCUUCAGAUCCUGAGAUCCUGAAUAGUGAAUAUAAAAGGAUGUAUGCGCUUUAAGCCCUGGAGGAAUUGACCGUGUAGAGAUCAAAGCCAUGGCCUUUUGUUCCAUCAGCUGCUUGAGCUCUAGUAGUUAUUAUGAAUUGUAUGUACUUGGCUCAAGUAUUCCAUAUUCUAGUGAGUAUGAAGAGUUGAAAUAAUUACUUGGAUUGAUCAAUCGAAGGAAGAUAGCAUCUGGACUGCCAUCUUGUUGCUGGUGGCUGAAAUGUUCUUUUGCAUGAGGGCUUCAUUGCAAGGGGCGACUUGGGUUACUAGUUUUCACUUGGAUCUGGAGCUGAAUUUGCAUUUUAGACCUUUAGCAGAUUCGGCUGAAGACCAAGAAUUGUAAACAAAGAUCAUGUAAUCGUGAGCUUGGUUUCAAGUUCAUAAUAUAAUCUCCAUUUUCUGAUCUUCAUAUAGUUAGUAUAGAAGAGCCUAUCCUGAUGGCAUUGUUCUGGGCUAUACGUUGAGUACUUGGAAUUUAUACAUGACCAGCUUGUUGGACCUUGCCGAAGAGAAAUUGACCAGUUAUUAAGGAGAACAGCUUAUAAACAUAUGUUUUUAUCUAUCUUA